UUUUCUUUUCCCUACUUUCUGGACUUUCGUCCCAAGACAUAUCCAAGUAGAAAACAAGAUGGAUCACAGUGUCCGCAUCCCGAUCGACGACCCCUCGACUGAGGACACCAGCACUGAUAUCUCUAUGGAAGCUCAUUUGAUUAAAAACAACCUCACUUCGUCCGAUCAAGACCUCCCGCAACGAACUGUUCAGCCGAGCUCUGAGAAUGUCAGCGAAAAAAGCAUAUCUGAUGCACAAGCAAGUAUUGCCGCUGAAGCCAAAGUUGCGCCCAGGUUAUACUUUAUGGAACCCAGCGCUGUCUCGGUGGACGCAAGCCAUACCACCCCUCUCGAGGCAUCGGCUGCGCCUACAUUCCUCUGCACUUUUGAUGAACACCCACCUGUGAGAGUUGCGGCCUCUACCCCAUUCACAAAUUGGCGCUUCGAUAUGCAGCAUUGCGAACCCGGAUUUCACGACAUAGUCCUGGGGAUCUCGACUCAGCACCUACAGAUAGACAACGUCGAAUCGAUUACUUUCAGUUUUGGACACGAAGGCGGACCGCGAAUGGAGUUGAACGAGAUUAUAUCCAAGGAUUCAGUCAAAAAGCUGUUGGGAUCGGGUUCGGAGAUCGUCAGGCUGCAGCUACAUCAUCGUCUCAUGAACAAGGGCGACGGUCGCUCUGUGCUGUUGUUUAUGGGAAUAAUGACCUCGGAGAGCGACUUGCCAACGACUGACCCAGGGUGUCUCGAUUUGAGGUUCAUGGAACUUCUUGCAUCUCAGGCUGUCCGCGACUCAUCUAUUCUAGUUCAUCGUCCGUAUUUGAAGUCGUUUAAUGUCUGCCUCAGGGAUGGUCCGCAUCAACCGAAGCGGGUCACUAACGUCGGAAUGUCCGGAGAUGGAGCUUAUGUCGCUACUUUGGCUGCCACUGACACGGGCUUUCUUCUGGAUAUCUGGGACUUGGAGCAGCGUCUUUUGCACCCAAAGCCUUCUGCAAACAUCCAUGUGCCUAUUGUUGAUCUGAGUGAAGAUAUAUUCUUCUUAUUCGAUGUGGUUCUCUCCUGGGACGCUUCUCAGGUCGCAAUAACAGACACAUCGGCCUCCACUACUCGGCGCCCAAACGAUUACCAAAGCGCAUUUUCUAUCUAUCAGUUCCAUCGGGAUGACAAGCAAGGCAGGGCCACCACCUUGACGCCGUCAGAAAACUAUCAUCACUGCCAAGGCCUUCAGAACCUGCAUUGGUUCGGAAAGUUCCAUAUCUCAGCAACUCAAGAUCAAGACACCAGGAACGAGCUGUUUAUCACGUUCGACGGCGUUUCUCUCGACACUUACAGCGCCUUCGGAAAGUGGAGCCAUUUGCGCACGAUCGCUAUCAGUCUACCGCAGACUGUACUGGAUCCCGCAUUCGAGGUCUUGGGUAUGCAAAAGCUCAAUGCCAUGAUCGUACGGUCACCACUACGCGCCCUUCGGGGCAGUCGCUUCGCUUGGGUUCCUCCCGAUAACGACAUCAUCUCAGUGUGGAAUGUGGAGGAUGGGUCGAUGACCUCGUUCUUCCCUAGAUUGAGGUAUCAAAACACGCGCGUGUUCUUGAAUAUUGCCAUUUUCGACCUUUCCAGCGAUGGGUCUAUCAUUGCCAUAUGCAGCGGAGGCUGCAUCUCGACAUACCGCACCAAUACCGGCAUCCGGCUUAAGUCCUACCAAGUACCAAAGCCAUAUCAAUAUUUUUUAACCUUGCGGUUUGUAUGCAACGAUACCAAGAUUGCGUGCGAAACAAGGGCGUCUAACGCGGACUUUGGUCGAGGAAACAUUAGCUUCAUCCUGGAUACAGCCGACAUGACGCUGUCGAAUUGGUUUUCCUGCUCGACAGCGUUUUUUUCCGAUGUCCCGCGCGCUUCAGGUUCGAGCCAACCGGUGUUCGUUCAGCAUGAAGCAACAUUGGAUCUCAUCCACCUAGAGAACCGUUUCGUACAGCCAUACUCCCAGCGAUUUUCUCGUCCUGUCCCAGCCUGCGAUGACCAGUGUCCGCAAGAUCUCUUUCCUCUCUCUCGAUACCCCACUGAGUUGACUACGACAUCUGGAUUGCAAUUCAAAGUAUGGUGUGCAGCAGCCGAGGCACCUAACCAAGACUAUGCAUCAGCAUCCGUCGCCUUGGAAAUAUCGCAUAGACGCGGGCAGUCGCAUCUGAGAAAGGUCAUCCCAUCGGUCCAUGAUCCCGAUGGCUGGCUAAAAAACAUGUUUGCGGCUAUCAUGGAUAACCCUCCACGCCUUGUGAUUGCCACAUCAACGUUUUUCAUGGUAUGGACACUGCCGGCGAGCAUGGACGGCGACUUAACGUUGGAGCUGGCCUGCACCUUGGGCCGAGAUAACUGGGAUAUUUUAACAAACAGGGAAAAGACCUUGUGGAGAGUCUGCUCUCAUCGGCGACUCUAUGCUCGUAAGCUGUGCUAUGACGAAAAGGGCCAGAUAUUGCCCCAGAAAAUCAUCCGGCUAAGCGCUGAGCUUGAGUUUUAUCGAAAAGAUCACAGGAUUUUUCCUUUGACAGUUGACUGCCUUGCGAUGCUUUUUAAGGACGCCGACGACUGUUGCAGGAAAGCGAUACUCCAAUACGUCGGUAGAUAUAUCAAUGACCCUCUCGAUUUUGAGAUGCCAGAGGCUAUCGGACUGACUAUCAUCUGCGGAUUGUGGGCACCUAAAAUGAUGGAGCUGUACGAGGAUUUGGUAUCAGCAUUACUUGGAUCGCUUUUUGGACGAUGGGUCCCUGGAGAAGGUCUUUUUCAAGCAUGCGGGCCACUGUUGAUGAUUGACGGCACCGCUGACAAGGAGCCAAAGGCGAUGGCCUUUGCCGAUAUCAUCACCGAUUACUGCAUCCGCCAGGUCAGAGAUGAGAGGGUCCUUCAUUUCCUUUUGCCGCUUAGACACAGUCUUCACAGACGGAUUGACAGGACCGGAAGCCAUACUGAAAUAGGUCUGCAAAUCCUCCGGAAACUUGCCUACCUUCCAGUUAAGAGCCGAUCUUUCAUCCUCGACCACCACAAAGUCGUUCAUGCUCCGAACUUUCGACUGCGCUUCUGGAGACCCAACGCGACACCUCUGCACCAAUGCAAGAACCCGGUACUUCAGUUGACGGCCCAACUGAACCACAAUCCAAUUAAUGAUAGCUUCACACAGGAGCUGUUUGUAGCACCAUUCGAUCUGCUAUGGAUCAAUAGCCGCAAUCUCAACUUGAGUCUGAAUCCUAUCCGACCGGAAGCCGCAAACAUUCAGGUUUCGCAAUCAUGGAUUCAUGCUCUUGCCUACAUGGUAUGGCACAAGUGUAAGCCGAAAAGCGGGGUUAUUAUUGUGUGCCAUAACUUCCCACUGGUGGCAUUCGAUAACCCUGCCAUCGCAGCCCUGAUCGAGUACAAGUGGAACACUAUCGGCUUCAAGUACUGGCUGGGACGAUUUGCUCUCCAGUGCUGUUUCUACUUGUUGGUACUCGCCGUCGUGUUCGCUCAGGUUUACAGGGACCACAAUCAGUCACUCGUGGGCGUCUUUUGGGCCAUCGUCGUCUUUUCUUGUUUAUUUCUAUGGCUCGAAUUGAUACAAUGCUUUCAGAACUGGAAACGCUAUUUCAGAUCGAUAUACAACUAUGUCGACCUUGUGACCUAUGGACUUCCCUUGGCUGGGAGCAUCACUCAGCUAUUGACCAUUCGGCACAGGAAUACACAACCUACGGACCCUGCGGAGGAAGAUGUUCUUACUUCUGACCGUAGUAACGUGGCGCUCCUCAGCUUCUCGGUGGUUUUCAUUUUUCUUCAUUGUGUAAGUCGUUCGACGUUCAUUCUCCAGUGCAGGAUGUACACAUUGUCAGUCGGAUUUUUUCCACAGUACUGACGGAUGGUAUUGACGGCUGACA